GCGGACCGGUGUCCACACAAACUGGUUCCGGGUAACAACAGUCUGGUGGCUAACGUUAGCACAAACGUAAUCUCCACUCCUCAUUACACCCCAGAGUGGACUAACUGAAUUACCGGAACAAUAUGGAUGGGGAAGAGAGAACCUAUGGUGGCUGCGAAGGGCCAGAUGCCAUGUAUGUUAAGCUGAUCUCUUCAGAUGGUCAUGAAUUCAUUGUGAAACGAGAACACGCCCUAACAUCUGGAACUAUCAAAGCCAUGUUGAGUGGGCCAGGUCAAUUUGCUGAAAAUGAAACCAAUGAAGUAAACUUCAGAGAGAUUCCAUCUCAUGUUCUUUCUAAGGUCUGCAUGUACUUCACCUACAAGGUCCGUUACACCAACAGCUCAACAGAAAUACCUGAAUUCCCCAUCGCCCCGGAGAUUGCACUGGAACUACUCAUGGCUGCAAAUUUUUUGGAUUGCUAAAGUUAUUGGCAUGAUGUAGCAGCUACAGUUUUAGAUUUUUUGACUAUUUAACUUGGUUUGCUAUGUACAACAUAUAAAACAACUAUGUAUGUCACAAAGAUUUUUUUUGUCAAUUUUUUUUUUCUCAUUUUAUUAGUAUUAAAGGAUUUCAUUUUAUAUAACCUAUGGCAGGCUGUGUUGCUUGUCUUGGAAUGUUAUGUGCCCGACGUGAGCCCAGAAAUCUUUCUUCACCUCUGCAUCUAAAUAAAAGUCUGUUUGGUGAGAACUCUG